AUGACGAGAAUCCAGCGCACUGAGACGCUUCUUUACGACCGCAAGAUCGAAUGCUUCGAAAAGUUACCCGGCGAUGUCGACCUCGCGAAAAUGUUUGCCCUUGCCCAAGAGAACCAGGGAAACGAUGAUCCCUUCAUGGUACUAAAUAUUGACACGUUGAUCGAAAAAGUUGAUGAAUGGAAGAGAGAACUCCCUCGAGUUGAGCCCUGCUAUGCGGUCAAAUGCAAUCCGGACAAGGUGCUCGUCGAAGUGCUCGCCAAUUUGGGCGUCGGAUUCGAUUGCGCGAGUCAACAAGAAAUUGAAGACGUCUUAAUCCAUGGAUGCAAACCGGAAAACAUUAUUUACGCUCAUCCAUGCAAGCCGAUCAAGCAUUUGAAGGCCGCUAACAAUGAGCAUGUUGAGAUGAUGACAUUUGAUACGGAAGAAGAGCUUUUGAAGGUUCGGGCUCAUCAUGAAAAUCCGAAGAUGAUACUGAGAAUAGCUGUUGCCGAUCCAACCGCGUUGUGUCAGCUGAACACGAAAUUUGGCGUCGAUCCGGUUGAUCAAGCUCCCCAAUUGCUAACCCGUGCUAAAGAAUUGAAAGUUGAUGUGGCAGGCAUCAGUUUCCAUAUCGGAUCUGGAGCGAAUGAUUUCACCACUUAUGAGCUGGCAAUCGAACACGCACGACGACUCUUUGAUUUUGCAUUGAAAAUAGGCCACCCGAUGAAUGUUCUAGAUAUUGGCGGCGGAUUUCCCGGUGGCGAGCACAAGAUGUCAUUCGACAAGAUAGCGGCGGUGGUUCGCGGGGCCCUGGACAAGCACUUUCCCGAUGAUUCCACCCGUAUCAUUGCUGAACCGGGCCGGUUCUUUGCUGCGGCACCCAUCUGCGAGUGUGUCAACGUGAUUCAUGCUGCUUUGGCGCCGCGAAAACUAGAUGCUCCGAAUCAUAUGGCUUACUAUAUCAACGACGGGAUUUUUGGAUCGUUCAACUGUAAACUGUACGAUCACAUCCAUCCCCAAGGAAUCCCGUUGAGGAAGCCAGAAAACGACCUCCUUCACCCAACCACGAUCUGGGGACCUACAUGUGAUGGUGCUGAUAAAGUUGAGGAAAACGUACUGCUCCCGAAAUUGGAGAUCGGCUCCUGGCUGUUCUACCCCGAGAUGGGAGCCUACACCAUCACCGCUGGAUCGACGUUUAAUGGAUUCCCCCGCCCAAAAAUGUAUUAUGCCAUUUCUCGUUCCAACUAUGAAAAGUACUUGGCU